UCUCGUUACUCCGGAAGUUGUCCGUCAGUGGAAUCAGUCCGUGUUCCGGCUGAAUGAAGCGCAGCUGCAUGGUUGUUCUGUCAGCCUAAAGCUUCAGUCGGAGGUGUGAGCGGCUCCUGAUUGGCUGCCCCAAUGGCCCACAUCACCAUCAACCAGUACCUGCAGCAGAUAACCGAGGCCAUCGAGAACCGGGAGGGAUCCUUCUGCGCCGAGCUGCUGUCCUUCAAACACCCCCAUGUGGCCAAUCCCCGCCUGCAGCUGGCCAGUCCGGAGGAGAAGUGCCAGCAGGUUCUGGAGCCGCCGUACGAUGAGAUGGUGGCGGCUCAUCUCAGGUGUACGUACGCCGUGGCCAACCACGACUUCGUAGAGGCCUACAAGUUCCAGACGCUCGUCGUUCAGUCCUUCCUGAGAGCCUUCCAGUCCCACAAGGAGGAGAACUGGGCGCUGCCCAUCAUGUUCGUCGUCACCCUGGACCUCAGGAUCUUCGCCAACAACGCGGAGCAGCAGCUGCAGAGGAGAGGGAAGGGCCAGCCGGGGGAGAUGUUGGAGAAAGCAGCGGAGCAGCUGAUGAGCUGCUUCAGGGUCUGCGCCAGCGAUAACCGGGCCGGCAUGGACGACUCCAAGAAGUGGGGGAUGAUGUUCCUCAGCAACCAGCUCUUCAAGAUCUACUUCAAGAUCAACAAGCUGCACCUCUGCAAGCCUCUGAUCCGGGCCAUCGACAGCUCCAACCUGAAGAACGACUACAGCCCCGCCCAGAAGGUCACCUACAAGUACUACGUGGGCCGCAAGGCCAUGUUCGACAGCGACUUCAAGACGGCCGAGGAGCUGCUGUCCUUCGCCUUCGACCGCUGCCACCGCUCCAGUCAGAAGAACAAGAGGAUGAUCCUGAUCUACCUGCUGCCCGUCAAGAUGCUGCUGGGCCACAUGCCGACCAACCAGCUGCUCCGGAAAUACGACCUCAUCCAGUUCGCUGACGUCACCAAAGCUGUGAGUGAGGGGAACCUGCUGCUGCUGAACGAGGCGCUGUCCAAACAUGAAACCUUCUUCAUCCGCUGUGGGAUCUUCCUCAUCCUGGAGAAGCUGAAGAUCAUCACCUACAGGAACCUCUUCAAGAAAGUGUAUCUGCUGCUGAGGACCCACCAGCUGCCGCUGGACGCCUUCCUGGUGGCUCUGAAGAUGAUGCAGGUGGAGGACGUGGACCUGGACGAGGUGCAGUGCAUCCUGGCCAACCUCAUCUACAUGGGUCACAUCAAGGGUUACAUCUCCCAUCAGCACCAGAAGCUGGUGGUCAGUAAGCAGAACCCCUUCCCCCCGCUGUCCUCCGUCUCCUAGACGUCCCUGGAUGGACCAUGUUCUCCGCCUGUUUUAUAAAAAUCUGCUUCAAUAAAGCUUUCUGUUUGUAGA